CUCUCUCCCCAUUCCCUCCUCCUCCUCCUCCUCCGUCCUCCCUCUCUCUCCGCCACUACAACGACCUCAUCCGUCACCACACCACCUCCGGCGACCACUCCACCUCCCUCUCCCUCUUCCUCCGAAUGCUCCCUCUCGGUCUCCGCCCCAACGAGUUCACCUUCCCCUUCGUCCUCAAGUCCUCCUCCUCCCUCUCCCUCCUCCCUCUCGGCCUCCAGCUCCACUCCCUCCUUCUCAAAUCCGGCCUCCUCCUUUCCAACCCCUUCUGCGCUUGCGCCCUUCUCGACCUCUACUCCAAACUCGCCCCUCUCCCUCACGCCCUCAACCUGUUCGACAGAAUUCCCCAACCAAACCUCCCCGCCUGCAACUCCAUCCUCUCCGCCCUCGCCCGCCAUGCUCUCCUCCAGGACUGCUUCCAAUUGCUUGACGUCAUGCAAAGCUGGGGCUUUGAUCCUCCCGGCUGUAGCAGCUGGAAUUCCAUCAUCGCCGGUUGUGUCCAGACCGGAGACAUUGAGCUUGCCCUACAAGUUCUUCGCUUCAUGCUCAACACUGUGCGCCCGAGUCCCGCUACGUUUAAUACUCUUCUCCCUGUGAUACCUGAUCUCCGGUGUUUGGAGACGCUGAAAAUGUUGCAUGGAUUUGCUUUGAGAGUGUUGGAGUUUGUGGAUUUCGACCCUGUCGAUGAGGACCGGUUGUGGGCGGCGAUUGCUGCUGGCUAUGCUUCGCUUGGUUCUUUGCGUGAUGCUUCACUGUUGUUUGAGAGGAUUCGGUUGAAAAGCCCUCGCCUUUGGGUUUCUAUGAUUUCUGGUUUUCUUGAUUGUGGGGCUGUGGAGGAAGCGUUUGAGGUUUUUAGAGCAAUGGCUGUUGAGUUUGGUUGUGAGGAAAGGCCUUUGCCUAAGGUUUCUCUUACUUUGUUGCUCCCGCUGUGUGGCUUGAGACCAAGGAAUGGGAUGGAGAUUCAUGGCUAUGCUUGUAAAGUCAAUGGGCUUGCAUCCAAUACUUCGGUUUGCAAUGCUCUCAUGGCUAUGUAUGUGAAAGCAGGAGACAGUGAGUCUGCUGAUAAUGUAUUUGAUACAAUGCCCGAAAGGGAUAUCAUAUCAUGGAAUACGAUGCUUGCGAAACUUGCUUUAGUUGAUGACUUUGAGCAUGUGUCUCGGCUCUUUCGAGCAAUGCUUGCGGAUGGUGUUUGGCCUGAUGAGUAUUCAUUCAGCUCUGUGCUAAAUGGGUGUGGGCAUUCAUCUAAUCUUCGGCAAGGAAUGGCUUUGCAUGCAAGGAUGGUCAAAUGUGGGUUUUCACAAUCUUAUUUGGUGGUUGAAAAUGCUCUCAUGGAUGCUUAUGGGAAAUGUGGCUGUGCAAGUGAUGCAAGAAAGGUUUUUGAUGGGAUGGAAUCAAGGGAUACUAUAUCCUGGAACACUAUUAUCUCAUGUUGUGCCUUCAGUGCCUCUCCUCGGGAGUCCUUCUCGCUUUUUGACAGGAUGCUACAGCAAGGCUUCAAACCAAAUAGAGUUACUUUUAUCGCCCUUCUAUCCGCUUGCAGCCAUGCAGGUUUGCUCGAGGAAGGUCUCUAUUUCUUUGAUUCUAUGGCUAGAGAUCAUGGUGUAGUGCGUGAUUUAGAUCACUAUGCUUGUAUUAUAGACAAUUUGGGAAGGGUUGGUGAAUUGGAUAGAGCCUACCAAUUUAUCAAGGGCAUGCCUAUUGAACCGGAUGAGUGCAUUUGGAGUGCACUCCUUAAUGCUUGUAGGAUUUACGGGAAUGUUGAAUUAGCUGAAGUUGCAGCCAAGAAGCUGAUUCAGUUGGAUCCCCAACAUUCAGGGUAUUGGGUCUUGCUAUCAAACAUCUAUGCAGAUGCUUCAAGGUGGGACGAUGUGAGACAUGUGCGUGCCGCAAUGAAGCAUGGUGGCGUGGUCAAGUGCCCAGGUUUUAGUUGUGUGGAAAUUGGUGGCAGUGAGACACAUAAAUUCCUUACUGGUGAUAUGUCUCACAACCAGAGUGAUGAUAUAUAUUCCGCUCUUGAUGGACUAACAGAGAAUUUGAAGGAUGAGGGUUAUAUUCCACUACUGGACCACAAAUUUGCUAAUGUCUAACUGCUAAAUUAUCGGUGACAUGGGGAAUUGCUUGACUCUACCUUCAUGGAAAAGCAAAGCUGGCAACGCUGAUGACAAUAGCUUGUAUAUUAUUGUGAUUGAAGAUUCACUUACGCAAUAUGCAGUGUGAGAUCAACUGAGCUGAACUUAAAACUGAGCUCGUGGAUAAGCAAGUGGAAGGAUGUACACUCAUUUCUAAAAAAUGCUAAAAGAAAUUACUAUGGAUUUCGGGAUGUUUUGACUUACAAUUUUAUUUUGAAAUACUUGUAUAGGCCACUGCUGAGUCGAAAAUUUGAAAAGAGUGAUAGGACAAAAAUUACCGGUGUGUUUCAUUUCAAAUGAGGAAAAUAACAGUUUCAAAGCAUAUCAACCUGAGAAUUUCCUGCCUUUUGUUUACAAUGUAUGUGUAUUAUUUAUGGGUUACAUAUCAAAUAAGGAAAAAAAAAAUAACAAAAGUGAAUAAUCUUUUUAAAAUUCGGUGAUAAUAUGAUGCUUCUGUUUGGGUUUGCAAAUGCAAAAGUAACAUUCAGAUGUAGUUAAUAGCACUUGGUCUGUUCAGAACA